AUGGCUAGGUCGGAAAAAGAAGAAAGCUCUCGUAGGCAGUUUACAUCCCGACGUCAAAAAAGAAGUCGAUCAAACGCUUCAAAACGUAGGAGUCCGAGACGUCGCAGCCGUAGAAAGCAUAGGAAACAAAACCAAGUCCAAAAAUUGACUGAUGAUGAACUCUCCAAGUUGGCUGCAGAGGCACGAUAUCGAGAGGGGCUUGAACAACUUUAUGCAACUGUUAGAUGUCAUGGAUUAUCCAGGAAUGGCGUGCUGCGAGCAAAGAGACGUCAGAACUACUAUCUAUCACUCAAAAGUUUUUUGUUAUAUCUACAGGCAAUAUGUCUUAUGCUGGUAGGUUUUAUGGCAGUGAUAACAUCUCGGACCAUCAAAGAGGACGACCAAUCACAUUAUUACACUUCGCAAGCCACCAUUGAGAUCAUUUUGCUUCUCGUUGCCUUCUCUGUAGUACUAUUCGAUCACUUCGCAAUACGCGCACUUAUGGUGUUUCUCUUCCUUAGCGCGUUCUUCUUGAAUGUGCUCACAAUCACUUACUAUAUUUUGUUUGACGAAAUGGCAACCGGUUGUAUGAGGAUACUGGACGCUUUCCAGGUGGUCGUUUGCCUGUCAACUCGCCUCCCAUCUCAUCAUCACACAGUUUACUGUGCACUGUUUCUCGCUCUCCUCCACUUCGUAGCUUUUGCAGUUGCAAUGAGCAUCAAUUACUACUAUAUCGGGACACUCACACAUCUCAUUGAACUCGCUAAAGCACUACGAUUCAGACCGUGCGAAACGCAUAAAGAAACGAAAAGAAGGUCUCACAAGCACGGGAAGCGCCAAAAAGUCAAACGCUUUGGAACGGAAGUGGAUGUGUCGAAACUUCCAGUUGGGACUAUGGUCACUAGCGAGAGAAGCACAUCGUACAAGUGGAAAGGAAACGUUCAAUCAGGAGGUAUUCUUGUUGGAUCUGGUGUGGAGACAACGACGGACUCAGUGACUCUACAGGCACCGAGCAAAGAAGGUGUGAAGCGCGAUACUAAGCUAGUGCGUCACGUGACGGUGGAUGCUGUAACAGGAAAGCAGAAGCAGGGUUGUGUGGUUGCCGCGAGGAAGAGGGUAGAACCAGAACGAAGAGCACUGGAGAAGAAAAAAGGUAAAACUCCUUCAAAGAAACCAAGCAGCUCCAGAAAGAGCGAUCGUUUUGAGUCGGAACUAGACACGAUCUCAUUUAACAGUCUCAUUGAGAUGGAGCCGACAAGUUCUCCGUAUAUCAGCGAGAGAGAGGAGAAAGCGAAGAAGAAGACUUAG